AUGUUCUUAUAUUUCUUGUCCGGAGUUGCCUGCGAUGAAUCGGACAAGUUCCAUCAUUAUCUAAUGAGUCUCAUCUUUCCGUUCAUAAGUUAUCAUCGCUUCGAUUUGGAGUCUUGCUCCUUCAAAGACAAGACAGCAACUAACUCCCAACUUUCUGUUCUUCCUUUAUUUCUUCUAUACUUUUUUCCCUUCUUCUUUUCUCCCUCCCUUACUUUUUCUAUUUUCUUUUCUCUUUAUUCUCUCUCUCCUCUCGCUCUUCCCCACUCUCACACAUACAAAGACACUUUUUAUCUUUCUUUAACUUCUAACUCUCACUUUCCUUUCUUUCUCCAAUCCUUUUUUUCCUCUUCUUCUCAUUCCCCUUUUACUAUGGUCCCGAGGCUGUUCUUUUCUCCGUCACUAUUCCCUCGGUUUUCUCUCCGUGUCCUUCAGCGAAAAUAUACGAAAAUAUACCCCAGCCACCAUCUUCCUACCAUCGUCUCCCAAGGAAAACCUGCCGCUCAGAGUCGAACCAAACAGCAAAAGGCUGCGAAAUCUUUAUUACUUGCAACAAUGCCAGACAUCCCCUCGCAAGAUUUCUCCUCGUCUCACUGCCCUUCACGAUUCGCUGCCAGAAUAGACCUCCAUUCAUCAACCGACCGGCUCUCUGUUUAUGUCGUUCUUUCUUUCUUCUUUCUUCCUUUUCUCUGUCUUUCUUUCUUUCUUUCUUUCUUUCUUUCUUUCUUUCUUUCUUUCUCAUUUCUGUCUUUCUUUUUAGCAGCCAUUACCACAUUGUUUCUAAUGUCAAGAAAUUUUCUUUCUUCAUUUCUACCUUUAUUCUUCCUUUCUUUCUCGUUUCAUUCUUUCUUUUUCUUUCUUUUUUUCUUUCUUCCUUUCUAUUCUCUCUCUCUCUCUCUCUCUCUCUCGUUCAUUCUUUCUUUCUUUCUUUCUUUCUUCUUUUCUUUCUUUCUAAGAAUUAUUACCACGUUGUUUCUAAUAUCAACAAAAAUUAUAGUUUUGUCAUUUCUUCCUUUAUUCUUCUUUUCUUUCUUGUUUUAUUUUCUUCUUUCUUUCUUUAAAUUUCUUUUUUCUUUCUUUCUUCCAUUCUAUUUCUCACUCUGUCUUUCCUUCUUUCUUUCUUUCUUUCUUUCUUUCUAUUUUUCCAUGUCUUUCAUUCAUUCAUUCUUUCUUUUUUUCUUUUUGUCUGUCUGUCUGUCGAUAUUUCUUUCUCACAACCAUUACCACGAUGUUUCUAAUAUCAACAAAAAUGUUGUUUUCUUUAAAAAAAUUUCUAUAGUUGUUUUCUUUUCUUUCUUUCUUUCUUCCUUUCUUUUCUUUCUUUCUUUCUUUGAUGCAGCCUCCAACUUUUUUCAUUUUUUCUUAAGGCAACAUAAAUUAUUCUUUUUCUUUCGUCCAUUUUUUUAUUUUUCAUUUAUUCUUUCUUCCUUAUUUUAUUUCUUUUUUUCCUCCUUUCUUUCUUUCUUUCUUUCUUUCUUUCUUUCUUUCUUUCUUUCUCAUUUAACCAUCAACCAUAUUUCUUUCUUCUUUUCUUUACCAUUUGAUCCGAGCCUUUCUUUCUUUCUUUCUUUCUUUCUUUCUUUCUUUCUUUCUUUCUUUCUUAUUUAUCCAUCGACCAUCUUUCUUUCUUUUUUUCUUUACCAUUUGAUCCCAGCCUUUCUUUCUUUCGCUUUUUCUUUCUGUUCUUUCUUUCUUUUUUCUUUCCCUCUUUCAUUUGUUGUAUUUGUCUUUCUUUUUUCGGUUUCCCUUUUUUCUUCCUUUAUUUUAUCCUUUCUUUCUUCUCUGUCUUAUUUUUUACUUUCUGACACGGCACCCAAAAUCGUUCAUUUGGUUCUUAAGUCAACAAAAAAAUGUUUGCGUUUUUCCUUUCAUUUUUCUUUCUUUUUUCUUUCAUUUCGCUUUCUUUCUUUCUUUCUUUCUUUCUUUCUUUCUUUCUUUCUUUCUUUGUUACAACCCCGAAGGCGUUCAUUUUGUUCUUAA